CCAACAGCCAGUGAGGAUACAGACUCAUCAAGCGAGCAAAGAACUUGAUGAGGGCGAAAAGGCUCCUAACAAUAGCCCUGCCUGUUUUCUUGGAGUGCAAAUAUUUGGUUCUCUCGGUCACUCCCCCCACCCUUCACGUGGAGGAGUCUAAGGGCUGCGACCGGGAACCGGAAGUGAGGACUGCCUAGGGCGCCUGGGUCUCUUUGGCAGAGCUGGGCCUAGGUUCCGGAGGUUUGGCUGCCACCAUCACAGGUGCCGAGCUAGAGGUACUAAAAGCGGAGCGGGCUGCAGGGUUGCUCAUGCUACAUCUCCCAGAUACGAAUAGUCAUGUCCUAUGUUUUUGUAAACGAUUCCUCCCAGACAAAUGUGCCUCUGCUGCAGGCUUGCAUUGAUGGAGAUUUUAACUACUCCAAGAGGCUCUUAGAGAGCGGCUUUGACCCAAACAUUCGUGACAGUCGUGGCCGGACAGGUCUCCACCUAGCAGCGGCUAGAGGGAAUGUCGACAUUUGUCAGUUGUUGCACAAAUUCGGUGCCGACCUUCUGGCUACUGAUUACCAAGGCAAUACAGCCCUUCACCUGUGUGGGCAUGUGGAUACCAUUCAGUUCCUGGUCUCCAAUGGACUCAAAAUAGAUAUUUGCAAUCACCAAGGUGCAACACCUCUUGUCUUGGCAAAAAGAAGAGGAGUAAAUAAAGAUGUGAUCAGAUUGCUGGAAUCUUUGGAGGAGCAAGAAGUGAAGGGAUUCAAUCGAGGAACCCACUCAAAGCUGGAAACCAUGCAAACAGCUGAAAGUGAAAGUGCAAUGGAAAGCCAUUCACUUCUCAAUCCAAACCUGCAACAAGGUGAAGGAGUUCUCUCCAGCUUCCGAACAACAUGGCAAGAGUUUGUGGAGGAUCUCGGCUUCUGGAGGGUGCUGCUCUUGAUUUUCGUCAUCGCCUUGCUCUCCCUUGGGAUUGCUUACUAUGUCAGUGGAGUGCUUCCUUUUGUAGAAAACCAGCCAGAACUUGUCCACUAAAGGCAAUGUAACUACACAGCAGUUUUACUCUUCUGUUUAGCUUCUCAGUUUGUUUUCCUCAGUUGAAGCAGUAGAAGCUGUACAUACUGUUGGCACUUAUACAUGUUCCUGGGUAUAACAUCCCUUUUUCAAAAGAGAUGUGUUAAUUUCAGCUAAACAGGAAUUAAUUAAUUCUAAAGCAUUCCUAAACUACUCUGACAAGUCUUGGCUUUGAAACAAAAGUUAUUAGUAACUAUCUUUACUAAUAAUGUUCAGUGAUAGAAAAGACCCUGAAUAACAUGUUCUUUAGAAGGAAGAUAUAUCUGGGUAUGGGAGCAAGUCAUUAACAUUUCUUUAAAAACAAAUUACUGUAGUACUUGGGGCUAGUUUGUCCUUGUGAAUGUUUAAUGGUGGUAACAUUUUUGAUAGAAAGAGACAUAGUACAAUACUACAGGGACACUCAGUAGGGUUGGAGUCAGUACCAGGCACCCUUGGGCAGCUCCCAAGGGCCCAGUUGCCCACCACACUCCACUGCUGGGGCCUGAGACCCUGGGGAGGAUUGGGCCCAGCCAGGAACUGGUGGCUGCCAGCUGUGUGGGGCCCUCUGCCUUUACCAUGGUGGCAGAAUUGGUUUCUUUUAUUCUCAGCAGGCUGGCAGGACCGCCAUUCAAACCUUUUCCCACCAUAAUGCCCCAUUUAGCACUGUGAAACUACCUAAGGCAUGGUUGAGGUGGUGGCCACUUCCAUCUUCCCUAGCCUGCUGAGAGUGAAAGAAAUCUACAUCUGCCACCGCGUUAAGGGAAGGGAGGUCUACCAAGUCGGAAGGGGCCACCUCGGACCUGGCACUUAUAGUGUUUCCUUUUUGUUAUUAAAAAGUACAUUUUUUUAAAAAAGUAGUUAACAUCAUACAUGUAUACAUAGAACUUCAUACAUGUAUGUUAACUUCGUACUUUUUUCAUUUCCAUUAAAUUUCACUUGAAAUGUUGGGUCCUUUGGUUAUUAGUUCAAUAUAACUGUGUGGCUUUAUCCAGGUUGACUGGGCAGUACUAGUAGUCUUGUGAAAUUAACUUGCUUUAAUGCAGAAGAAAACAUUAGGCCUAAAAAUGUGGUUUGUUUUUCCAUAGUGGGAAGCAGUCUUGUUCUUAGAAUCUGACAAAAGCAAACCAAUUUUGAAAAGCUUAUUCAAGUGUUUUGAAAAGUGAUUUGUGUGGAAUGCUAGUCUUUGGGGUACUUAAUAAAGGUAGAAAAUUAUGUUAUCUCAUUAAAGUCCCAUUAGAAGACAUGAUUGUGAAAAGAUGCGUGUUCUGAUUUUCAACUCUUUCAUAUAGCACCUAAAAGCUAACUGGAUGCUUUCCUUGUAACAUAAUAGAGAUGCACUGAAUAUCCUAACAUUUUAAUAUGAGAUUAUUCUAUAUGAAAGCUGGAAUCUGGCCCAGUGCUACAACUGUACAAUCGCUUUAAUUUUCUACAUUGCUGUAAGUUCUGAUUAAUAUACUCUUAAAAGGUUGUGUAAUUAUUGUGUAGGUAGUUCAAGCACAGGGGACAGUCUGGCAAUGGUUUCCUCCCAUACAGAGCUGUAUGUUACAGUUCCCAGUUACAGUAGGUCCUGACAAGAGAAUGGAUUGUGGUCUCUUUCCCUGUCUUGAUAACUAAAGCUUAUGUGAAUCAAAAUGAGUGAAAUAUAAACCAAGCAUUUUGUAAAACUUGAAAAUCAAAGCAAGUAAUUGGUAUGCAUACUGUAGUCUAGUCAAAUGUAUGUUUUUCAUGUUUAUUUUUCUGUCAGCUGUCAGAAAAGGUUUUUUUUGUGACAUUGUGUAGGCUUCUGUUUAUAAAUUGCUUUUUGAAUGAUUUUGUUUUUCAGAAGAUCUAAGGCAAUCAUGGGCACUGCCUGUUUGUACUUUUUUGGUGGGGAGGGGGGAGUAAUCUCAAUCUGAAAGUGAUUCAGCCAGUGUUAAGCUUCUUUAAGGCCAGAAUUUUCAGAUGAGAAAUCCACAAUGAGAAAUGAGAAAUUUCAGCAUGUGCUUAAUUCUGCCAUUGAAACUGAUUGGAUGCCCAACUGUUGCUGGAUCUUUUUCAGAUCAUGCACAGCAUAUUAAGACAACUCCAAGUUUAGAAUACAGAUGAACUUCUCAUAAUGAUUAACUUAGUAUAAACAAGUUUAUAAUUAGGAAAUAAGCUAAUUUUGUUAGGAUUUUGGUUUUUUGUAUUUUAUUUUGCAAAGGACUUCCUCUUCCAUUUUGUGUUCCUGUCAUUUUUAAUUGCAGCCUAAGCAUGAUUAAUGCACCUAAUAAAUGUGUAUAACUA